GACGCUCCUCCCGGAGAGUAGUGAGACCCCUGGUGCGGGGCGAUUGGUGGCGGGAGCGAUGAGUGGCAGCUGCGUAACCCAACAGGCGUAGUGCGUGGGCUGCGGGGCGGGGCCAGGGCGGGUGCGCGGCGGCGGCGGGGUGGCUGGGCCGGCGGCGGCGGCGGUACGAGGCGCGCGCUCGGGGUCCCGGUCGCGAGGAGGAGGAGGAUGUGGCGCGCGGAGGGGAAAUGGCUGCCGAAAACAAGCCGGAAGAGCGUUUCCCAAAGUGUAUUCUGCGGAACUAGCACCUACUGUGUUCUCAACACCGUGCCACCUCUAGAAGAUGAUCAUGGGAACAGCAAUAGUAGUCAUGUAAAAAUCUUUUUACCGAAAAAGCUGCUUGAAUGUCUGCCGAAAUGUUCAAGUUUACCCAAAGAGAGGCACCGUUGGAACACUAAUGAGGAGAUCGCAGCCUAUUUAAUAACGUUCGAGAAGCAUGAGGAAUGGUUAACCACGUCCCCUAAGACCAGACCGCAGAAUGGCUCGAUGAUACUCUACAACAGGAAGAAAGUGAAGUACAGGAAAGACGGGUACUGCUGGAAGAAGAGGAAAGAUGGGAAGACGACCAGAGAGGACCACAUGAAGCUGAAGGUCCAGGGAGUGGAGUGCUUGUACGGCUGCUAUGUCCAUUCCUCCAUCAUCCCCACCUUCCACCGGAGGUGCUACUGGCUCCUUCAGAACCCCGACAUCGUCCUGGUGCACUAUCUCAACGUCCCGGCCAUCGAGGACUGCGGCAAGCCCUGCGGCCCCAUCCUCUGCUCCAUCAACACUGACAAGAAGGAGUGGGCGAAAUGGACGAAGGAGGAGCUCAUCGGGCAGCUGAAGCCCAUGUUCCACGGCAUCAAGUGGACCUGCAGCAACGGCAACAGCAGCUCGGGCUUCUCGGUGGAGCAGCUGGUGCAGCAAAUCCUCGACAGCCACCAGACCAAGCCACAGCCACGGACCCACAACUGCCUGUGCACCGGCAGCUUGGGAGCGGGCAGCAGCGUGCACCACAAGUGUAACAGUGCCAAACACCGCAUCAUCUCGCCGAAGGUGGAGCCGCGGACGGGGGGCUGCGGGGGCCACGCGGAGGUGCAGCACAACGACGUGUCAGAGGGCAAGCAGGAGCCGAGCCACGGCAAGGGCUCGGGCCGCGAGAAGCGGAACGGCAAGGUGGCCAAGCCCGCGCUGCUGCACCAGAGCAGCACCGAGGUCUCCUCCACCAACCAGGUGGAGGUGCCCGACACCACCCAGAGCUCCCCCGUGUCCAUCAGCAGCGGGCUCAACAGCGACCCCGACAUGGUGGACAGCCCCGUGGUCACAGGCGUGUCCAGCAUGGCGGUGGCCUCCGUGAUGGGGAGCUUGUCCCAGAGUGCCACGGUGUUCAUGUCCGAGGUCACCAACGAGGCCGUGUACACCAUGUCCCCCACCGCCGGCCCCAACCACCACCUCCUCUCGCCCGAUGCCUCUCAGGGCCUGGUCCUGGCCAUGAGCUCCGACGGCCACAAGUUCGCCUUCCCCACCACGGGCAGCUCGGAGAGCCUGUCGAUGCUGCCCACCAACGUGUCCGAAGAGCUGGUCCUCUCCACCACCCUCGACGGUGGCCGGAAGAUUCCAGAAACCACCAUGAACUUUGACCCCGACUGUUUCCUCAACAACCCAAAGCAGGGCCAGACGUACGGGGGCGGAGGCCUGAAGGCCGAGAUGGUCAGCACCAACGUCCGGCACUCGCCGCCGGUGGAGAGGGCCUUCAGCUUCACCACCGUCCUCACCAAGGAGAUCAAGACCGAGGACACCUCCUUCGAGCAGCAGAUGGCCAAAGAGGCGUACUCCUCGUCCGCGGUGGCCGCGGCGUCCAGCUCCCUCACCCUGACCGCGGGCUCCGGCCUGCUGCCGUCGGGCGGCGGCCUGAGCCCCAGCACCACCCUGGAGCAGAUGGACUUCAGUGCCAUCGACUCCAACAAGGACUACACGUCCAGCUUCAGCCAGACGGGCCACAGCCCCCAUGUCCACCAGACCCCUUCCCCCAGCUUCUUCCUGCAGGACGCCAGCAAGCCCCUCCCCAUCGAGCAGAACGCCCACAGUAGCCUGAGUGACUCCGGGGGCACCUUCGUGAUGCCCACGGUGAAAACAGAGGCCUCGUCGCAAACCAGCUCCUGCAGCGGCCACGUGGAGACGCGGAUAGAGUCCACCUCCUCCCUCCACCUCAUGCAGUUCCAGGCCAAUUUCCAGGCCAUGGCGGCGGAAGGGGAGGUCACCAUGGAGACCUCGCAGGUGGCCGAAGGGGGCGAGGGCCUGAUCAAGUCCGGAGAGCUGCAGGCCUGUAGCUCGGAGCACUACCUGCAGCCCGAAACCCCCGGGGUGAUCCGCAGCACGGGCGGCGUCCCCAUCCUCCCGGGGAACGUGGUGCAGGGACUGUACCCCGUGGCCCAGCCCGGCCUCGGCAACGCCUCCAACAUGGAGCUCAGCCUGGACCACUUUGACAUCUCCUUCAGCAACCAGUUCUCCGACCUGAUCAAUGACUUCAUCUCCGUGGAGGGGGGCAACGGCACCAUCUACGGGCACCAGCUGGUGUCGGGGGACGGCGCGGCGCUCUCCCAGCCCGAAGACGGGGCCCGCGCCCCCUUCGCCCAGGCGGAGAUGUGUGUGCCCUGUUGCAGCCCCCAGCAGGGGAGCCUGCAGCUGAGCCGUGCCGAGGGCGGGGCCAGCACCAUGGCCUACAUGCACGUCGCGGAGGUGGUCUCGGCCUCGGCUCAGGGCACCCUGGGGAUGCUGCAGCAGAGCGGACGGGUGUUCAUGGUGACGGACUACUCCCCAGAGUGGUCUUACCCGGAGGGAGGAGUGAAGGUUCUCAUCACAGGCCCGUGGCAAGAAGCCAGCAAUAACUACAGCUGCCUGUUCGACCAGAUCUCAGUGCCUGCGUCCCUGAUUCAGCCCGGCGUGCUGCGCUGCUACUGCCCAGCCCAUGACACUGGUCUUGUGACCCUACAAGUUGCCUUCAACAACCAGAUCAUCUCCAACUCAGUGGUGUUUGAGUACAAAGCUCGGGCCCUGCCCACACUCCCUUCCUCCCAGCAUGACUGGCUGUCACUAGAUGACAACCAGUUCAGGAUGUCCAUCCUGGAGCGUCUGGAGCAGAUGGAGAGGAGGAUGGCCGAGAUGACGGGCUCCCAGCCACACAAGCAGGGCGGCGGCGGCGGCGGCGGAGGGGGCGCCGGCAGCGGCAACGGAGGAAGUCAAGCCCAGUGCGCUUCGGGCCCCGGGACGCUGGGGAGCUGCUUCGAGAGCCGAGUGGUGGUGGUGUGCGAGAAGAUGAUGAGCCGGGCCUGCUGGGCCAAGUCCAAGCAUUUGAUCCACUCAAAGACUUUCCGUGGGAUGACCCUCUUGCACCUGGCGGCGGCCCAGGGCUACGCCACCCUGAUCCAGACCCUCAUCAAGUGGCGCACGAAGCACGCGGACAGCAUUGACCUGGAGCUGGAGGUUGACCCCUUAAACGUGGACCACUUCUCCUGCACCCCUCUGAUGUGGGCGUGUGCCCUCGGGCACCUGGAGGCCGCUGUGGUGCUCUACAAGUGGGACCGCCGGGCCAUCUCUAUUCCUGACUCUCUGGGAAGGCUGCCCUUGGGAAUUGCCAGGUCACGGGGUCACGUGAAACUAGCAGAGUGUCUGGAGCACCUGCAGAGAGACGAGCAGGCUCAGCUGGGGCAGAAUUCCAGGAUCCACUGUCCUCCGAGCGAAGAGCCUAAUACCGACAGCUGGAUGGCCCAGUGGCACGGCGAGGCCCUCGCCUCUCCAGAAAUACCCAAAGGAGUCACCGUCAUUGCAAGUACCAAUCCAGAGCUGAGAAGACCUCGGUCUGAGCCCUCUAAUUACUACAGCAGUGAGAGCCACAGAGAUUAUCCAGCUCCCAAAAAGCAUAAAUUGAACCCUGAGUACUUCCAGGCGAGGCAGGAGAAGCUGCUGUCCACUGCACUGAGCCUGGAGCAGCCCAGUAUCAGGAAGCAGAGCCCUAGUUCUAAGCAGGCCGCCCCCGAGCCAAUGAGCCCCAGUGAAGGAGUGAGGGACUGCAGCCGGGACCUCUCCCCUCCCACUCCAGAGACCGCAGGACUCCAGGCCUCUGCAUCUCAGCCCGUAGUACAGUGGAGUCCCAAAGGUCUUUACAUUGGUGUGUCUACAGCACAGGUGACUGGAAAUCCGAAGGGGACCAGUGUAGGCAAGGAGGCAGCACCUGGACAGGUGCGUCCACGGGAACCCAUGAGUGUCCUGAUGAUGGCUAACAGAGAGGCGGUGAACGCAGAGCUGGGGCCCUACCGGGAUAGUGCGGAAGCUGAGGACUGCUCCCAGCCCAUGGAUGACAUACAGGUGAACAUGAUGACCUUGGCAGAGCACAUCAUCGAAGCCACACCUGACCGGAUCAAGCAGGAGAACUUUGUGCCCAUGGAGUCCUCCACGUCGGAGAGGACGGAGACUGCCACCAUCAGCAGUACAAUGAGCUGGCUGGCCAGUUACCUGGCAGACGUGGACCACCUGCCGAACGCGGCCCAGAUCAGGACUGCGUACAAUGAGCCUCUCACCCCUUCUUCUAAUACCAGCUUGAGCCCUGGAGGCUCUCCGGUCAGCGAAAUCGCUUUCGAGAAGCCGAGCCUUCCCUCCGCGGCCGACUGGUCGGAAUUCCUGAGCGCGUCGACCAGCGAGAAGGUGGAGAACGAGUUCGCGCAGCUCACUCUGUCCGACCACGAGCAGAGGGAGCUGUACGAGGCGGCCCGGCUCGUGCAGACCGCCUUCCGCAAAUACAAGGGCCGACCCUUGCGGGAACAGCAGGAAGUGGCAGCCGCCGUCAUCCAGCGUUGUUACAGGAAAUACAAACAGUAUGCACUUUACAAAAAGAUGACACAGGCCGCCAUCCUCAUCCAGAGCAAAUUCCGCAGCUACUACGAGCAGAAGAAGUUCCAGCAGAGCCGGCGCGCCGCCGUGCUCAUCCAGAAGUAUUACCGCAGCUACAAGAAGUGCGGCAAGAGACGGCAGGCCCGCCGGACGGCGGUCAUCGUCCAGCAGAGACUCAGGAGCAGUUUGCUAACCAAAAAACAGGAUCAAGCUGCUCGGAAAAUAAUGAGGUUUCUACGACGCUGUCGCCACAGCCCCCUGGUGGACCAUAGGCUGUACAGAAGGAGUGAAAGAAUUGAAAAAGGCCAAGGAACUUGAAGACAUACAGCAGCAUCCCUUAGCAAUGUGACAUUGCUUUUCAGACUGUUUUCAUUUCUGUUUUUAGCAGAGACACGCAACAACACACAUGCGCGCGCACGCAUACACAUGCACACACACACACACACACACACACACACAAUCCCUCUGCAGUUUUGGGGCGAUCAGCUGCAGGAUUUUAACAGGAAUGUUUUGGUCAUUGCAUUUGCACUUUCAUGGACAACUUUUAAUUUGAUCAGCAAGACAUCUUGGAACUCAAUCUUCUGUUGGAUCAUGGGAAAACAAGACACCGCGAAGAAUCGAAAGAGGCUUCUUCCUCUGGGGAAGAAGCCGUUUUCCUUCUCACAUAGGGCUGUAUUCAAACAUCGUGUGGAACUGUACAAAUAUUUAUACCAAAAAUAUAGAUAAGAAAAGGUGGGGAUGCACUAGCAACAAGAGAAUGCUGUUCCUGCACCUGUCAAUUACUUCCAGGAAGCUGAAUCUUUGGGAUUCAUUGUCAGUGGAGGGCUUAGAUCAUACAAAUCUUUAUUGGGUCCGUGUGUUCUCAUUUCCUUCACUGUUUUACUUUGUUUUUGUUUUAAUCUCUACAGCACACUUAAUGCAACUUUUAAAAUCUGCAGGUUUUUAAUGUCUUGUGGAAAUUUUGCAGAGGGGCGGGUGUGUGGCAAACGGGUAAUGCAUGGGAAAUAACGAGAAACCGCUUCCAGAGUUAACAUUUAUUUCCUUGUCCCCACCACCUCCCAAGAACCUGCGAAUAAUCAUCGUGUCCCUUUUCUCAUGUUCAGCACUUUAAUUUUUUUGCCUUACUUUCAUGUGCAAUGAGAAUUUCUUAGAGAAUUGGUAAAGCAUGUAGCUUUUCCUAGUGACCUUGGAAAGUGUAGUCAUUCUAAGGAAUCAUGAACCUUGCCUGGACAUCUGCCACCUAAAAGAUCAGUGUGGUGCUGCGUUCUGGCCAGUAAAUUCCAUAUUUUUGGCUAUAUCUCAUCCAAACGGAGCAGUUUCUGUGUAUAUAUAGAAGGUAGAAAUGGAAAGUGAGAAAUACUUGAAAGGGAUUAUAUUAAUUGCUAAAUAUUUUAUUCACAAAGGUCAAUAACAUGGCAAGAUAAAAUUAUUUGUAUAGUUUUGUCUGAAUGAGCAAGAAAAAUGUGGAUGUAUUGUUUGUAUAUAUUGUAUAUAUUAAAACAAAGAGAUAUGUGCAUGAAAUCAAGAAAAAAGAAAUGAACAAAAGCAAAGCAUUAGUGGCUAUGGUCUGUAAAAUGAAACAAAAAAACUUUAUUUCACUAUAAGAGUACUUUAUUUUAAAUGUUCUUUAGAAGAACAUUUUGCUAAAGCAUGACUAAACUGCAAAAAAUUUUAAAAAAAGAGCUACUGUAUUUAGACUUAGGAAAA